AUGACCCUCAAAAGAGAGCAAGUGGAGGAACCUAACAAAGCUAAAAGGACCAUUGCCUUCAAAGUAUCUUCCGAAAAAUCAAGUGAUGAAGAUGAUGAGUUUGAUGAGGAAGAAUUGGCUCUAAUGACAAGGAAAAUAAGAAAGAUGCUCUUCCAAAACAAGAAGUUCAUCCCAAAGAGGAACUUCAAGAAGGACAAGGGUGAAAGUAGCAAGAGGGAUCCUCCCAUAUGCUUUGAAUGCAACAAACCAGGUCACAUUAGAAUGGAUUGUCCCAAAUUGAAGAAGCCUUUCAAGAAGUUCAAGAAGAAGGCACUUAAAGCAACAUGGGAUGAAUCAAGUGACUCCAAAGAUGAGGAGAUUGGUGAUCAAGUUGCCCAAAUGUGCUUCAUGGCAAUGGAGGAAAGCUCCAAUGAGGUAACUUUAAAUGAUGAUAUUGUUGAAUUUUCUUAUGAUAAACUAGUUAAUGCUCUUAAAGUUAUGAAUUAUGAACUAGAAUUAAGUCAUAAGAGAAAUAAACUUUUGAAAAGUGAGCUUGCUAGUUUAGGGAAGGAGAAUGAGAACUCAUCUAAGGUUGAUAGACCUUUAGAUAGUAAUGUGCAAAAAUCCUUAGAUGAGCUUUCAUUAAAAAAUGAGAAGUUGAAAAAAGAAAUUGUUGAGCUAAAAACUUCUCUUUCCAAAUUUGCUAAAGGAAAGGACAAACUUGAUGCAAUUUUGGACUCUCAAAGGUCUCCUAGCAUCAAGUAUGGACUUGGCUAUAGUAAAUUUGCCCAAGCACCUCCUUCCAAGACUAUCUUUGUUAAAGCAUCAAGUUCUAAUGAGCCUAGUCCUCAAAUGCCUAAUCUAAAGGGUUCUAAUCCUAGAGGACAAGAACCAAAGACAUCUAGUGGAAAUGAAACUAGAAAGAUCUCAAUUCAUCAAAAUGCUUCCAGACAGAAUGUGUGUUUAAAAUCCGCAAAGCUUGAAAGCAAGUGGUACUUGGAUAGUGGAUGUUCAAGACACAUGACCGAAAAUGCCAAUCUCUUCCUUUCACUUGAAAAGAAAGAUGGAGGUAAAGUUGGUAAAGAAAACUCCCCUAUUCUUGACAAAGUACUUUUGGUUGAUGGUUUAAAACAUAAUUUGCUUAGUAUUAAUCAAUUAUGUGAUAAGGGCUGUAGAGUUAUUUUUGAGUCCAAAUCUUGCUUUGUGUCUAGGAUGAGUGAUAAUAAAAUGUUGUUUAUUGGUGAAAGAAUUAAAAAUAUUUAUGUUAUCGAUUUGCAUGCUUUGUCUAAAAAAGAUGCCAAGUGCUUUGUUUCUAUUAGUGAUGACUCUUAG